AUGUUGUGUGCGUUAUUCCCAUUCGUGCUGAAUCUUGCAUUGGCUAACGAACACACUUACGAAAAACUUCUGGAGGAGCAGAGAAUCAUCAAGAAUCUGCUGGAGAAUCCACGCAACGAUUACGAUUGGCGCGUUCGACCACGGGGACGACUCAAUCAGCCGGACUAUGUUGACGCUGACCCGGUGGUCAUCACUGUCAAUAUGUACUUAAGGAGUAUAUCCAAAGUGGACGACGUGAACAUGGAAUAUUCGCUGCAUUUCACAUUUCGAGAGGAAUGGGUGGAUGAACGGCUCUACUUCAGUAGCCCUACUCUGAAGCACAUUGUGCUCUCACCUGGGCAGAGGAUCUGGGUACCCGACACAUUCUUUCAAAACGAGAAGGACGGAAAAAAGCACGACAUCGACACACCGAAUAUCCUGGUUCGUGUGUAUAACGGAACCGCGCGAAUAUUGUACUCUUGCCGUUUAACGCUUACGCUCAGUUGUCCAAUGAAAUUAGCCGAUUAUCCGCUUGAUGUACAAACGUGUGUAGUCGAUUUUGCAUCGUACGCGUAUACAACAAAAGAUAUAGAAUAUGGCUGGAAAGCGGAGAAGCCAAUCCAGAUCAAAGAUGGGCUUCGUCAAUCGUUGCCUUCUUUUUUGCUUAGCGACGUGCGAACGGGGAACUGCACGUCGGUAACAAAUACAGGUGCCUAUUCCUGUCUUCGUACCAUCAUAGAACUGAAGAGAGAGUUUAGCUACUAUCUACUGCAACUCUACAUACCUUCGUUUAUGCUGGUGGCUGUGUCAUGGGUUUCGUUCUGGUUAGACAAGGAUUCCGUACCAGCGAGAGUGACGCUUGGAGUAACAACGCUGCUUACGAUGACCACACAGGCAUCCGGUGUAAACGCUAACCUUCCUCCAGUUAGUUACACCAAAGCUAUUGACAUAUGGAUUGGUGUUUGUUUGGCAUUUAUAUUCGGCGCUUUACUGGAAUUCGCGCUAGUGAAUUGGGCAGCUCGUCAAGACCUCGCCGUACGGACAAGUAGAGCUCGCCAGCAUAAUUUGCAUUUGUUCUUCAGGAAUGAAGAUGCACGUCGAACUGAGACUCACCCGUUCUACGCAGCAAUUCAGCCAGAGCAUUUUCUGGAAGAAAUGCCUUACAAUUGGUGGAAUAAACUAUGGAUGAUUAAGUACAAGGAGCACAGUCGACGGAUAGACCUCGUAUCUAGAGUGAUGUUCCCUUCGUUCUUUAUACUUUUCAAUAUUACGUACUGGUGGCGUUAUUUGACUCCAUACUUGGCUGUGCAAGCGCAACUGGAAUAG